AAGCAAAGGCGAAGGAAAAAAGAUUAAAUACGUUCAGUUUAGUCAUAACUCAGAAUGAGGUCUUGCAACAAGCAAUACUUGUGAGAAAGUUGAAAAAAAAAAAUUAAAAAAAAACUUUUUUUUUCUGUUAAUUUUCGUUGGAAGAAAAUUUUUGUUUUCAUAUUUUAUCAUUGCCUUUAAUAAUCGUACAAUUGUGCGUUAGAUUGUGUGUUUCGUUUAUACGUAUUCAUGUGUUGCUCAAGAGAGUUGCCUGAAAAUAAAUAGUUUUCAGUUUUUGUGAUUUUUAUUUUUUUGCUUCAUUUCGCUGGCGAUUUGACGAGACAAAUAUAAUAUCACAAGUGAAUCGCGCGACUCGAAUUUUUUUUAAAUUAUUUUUUUGAGCUAAGUCUAUCGUUAAAAAAUGGCGCACGGUGUAAAUCCGCUGGUUAAACGUGAAAUCGAAAUCGGUAAUAAAGCACGUAACGAAUCGGUCGACGGCCAUCAAGUGGUCAAUCCAUCCCGAAUGGGCUCACGGCGAAUGUUCACACCGCAAUUCAAGCUACAGGUACUGGAUUCCUAUCGCAAUGACAGUGACUGUAAAGGAAAUCAACGGGCAACGGCCAGAAAGUACGGCAUUCACCGACGACAAAUUCAAAAGUGGCUGCAAUGUGAAACGAAUCUACGAUCGUCGGUGGUGAACAGUUGCUCGAAAGCUGGCCCAUCGGUGGUGAAUCAAAGUCAAACCGCUAGUUCGAAACAAACGAAUGGUGAAGUCAAUUUUCAUCUGGCCUUGGAUAUAACCAGACAGAACGUCGCUGUAACAAGUAAUAAAUCCAACACUGGUUUUCUUUCGCCCGUUCAUUCGCAUACGAUCGACUAUACACCUGUUUCGUACGAGCACAUACCGCCGUCAGCUAGUCUACCUAGUUCGCCCGUUUUCACUGCACCCAUUGAACCACAACAACAACAACAACAGCACCAGCAACAGUAUGAUGAAUAUUCCGUACAUUUUGUGGAUUAUGUACCGCAAUUGCAACAGCAAACGCCAUCAACAUCGAUAGUACCACCGCCAACACAUCAUCAACAUGUACAGCAAUUUCAUGAAAAUCAAAUCACAUACAAUUACGAGUCGUAUUACUAUGAUCUGUCGCCGAUGCCAAUUACACCGAUUGAUUUGUCAGUUCGUAGUCGUAGUCGAGAAAAUGAAUGUUGCGAAUCUAGAACACCAUCACCGCGGGCAUGUGUUUGGCAAAAUGAUGUAGAAAGUGGCCAGAGUGUGUGGCAGAAAGCAACUGAUUCGACCGAUGGCACACAUUUGGUGGAAUUGACCAAUGUGUGUAACAAGGCGAUGGAUUUAAGUUGCCGCAAGCGAAAGGCCACCGACGACAGUGAUAGGAAAACGGACGAGUGGACGGUGAAACCAGCCAAAGCGAUCAAACUGUUCAAACCGUAUCUGGACAACGAUGAUGACGACGACGACGAUGAUGGAAAAAAGUGCAAAAGUGAACAGAGAGAUCCCAUCAUCUGGAGCAAUUAUUGCGAGAACUAUUCAACGUACAGUUGUUCGCCGCAUCAGUAUGACUGCAACAGCAAUGUCAAAGAAUCGUCGAUGUACAGCUAUUCGAGCCCACCGUAUCCCACCUCAUCGACAUACAUAUGCUGCAGUUAUGGAUCGCCCGUGUCCGGUUACGACAGUGCAUCGUCAUCGUACAGCACGAGCAGCGAAUCCGGUGAGACAAAACGGUCAUUUGAUUAUACAAUUGAUUUUAAAUUCCAACCGAUCGACAAUUAUUACUACGAAAUGUCGUGUCGGGGAGAUGAAAGGGCCGUGCCCCAUAAGUAUUGUAUGGAAAUUGCCGGGUGAGACAGUUUUUUCAUUUACGUAGAGCAAGGGGGAAUUUAUUUUUUAGAAACAAUUUUCUUUCUCCGCACUAAUUUUCAUGAAUUUCAAUUCAACCAGUAGAAAGAGUUGUAGGUAGUAGCGAGAGGUGGUGAAUAAUCGGCCAUAGGAAUGACGAUGUGAAACAAAAUGGUUUACCGAAAAGCUCUUAACAAUUAAGUUCCAACUGAUCGUUGCGCUUAAAGCUUAUAAAGCCGACGAAAAGGAAUUCGCUUUACGUGGAAAGGGUUCCGUGGGUCCGUUUUCUCGAUUUUUAACCCGAAGCAUAACAGAGGAGCUUUUUCGAGCUUUGAACUUUUUUUUUUAUUUCCAAUGAAAGAUUCCUAUGUUUGGAUGAAAGUAAUGAAAAGCUUUAAGCUCACAACAGGUCGUUGGUAUUAAUGACAAAUUAUUGGUUCAAAUUAAAGGAAUUUUUCCUUAGAUUUUUCGUAAAAAUAUUUUUGAAACUUAGACUCUAAUUUUGAACCUAUUUUUAGGUCAUACUGUCAGUGAAUUCUCAUGCCAAAAAUUAGUUUCAUUUUUGAUCAUAAUUUGUAACCGAUUGUUCUCGCGUCCUUCUAGCUACUACUCUACCUUUUAAUGUGCAAAGUCCCAGUUAAAAUACUUGAAAAAGUGAAAGAAAAUAC